GGGGCGUACUUGCAUCCUCUGCCCAGCCAGCAUGCAUCUGCUCUGACCUUUGGGGUCUGGCAUUUGUGACUUCUAUGGUUUUUCAGACUUUGCUCUGAGGAAAGCCACCAACAGUGCCACUGGCAGCUCAUGUUUUAUGAGGCCAUACUCGAGUACGUAGUUCAAUUCCAAAGGACUUUUCUGCACUAGGGCUUGCAGUGGAUCAAUUGUGAAGGGUUUUCCAUUUCCCUUAGUUCCUUCUGUGGAUCUCAGUGUUAUGAUAGAGAUGUCUUUCUGCCGUUUCAGCAUGUCAGGAAUUGGAGUAAUAUAAGUCCACUAGAAAUGAUUCUGAUUUUGCACCAUCUGUGCUGGCUGGACCCCACAUCCUGUCACGUAAUUCUUUACUGAUCAAGUGAAAGGGACUUGUAAGGUAGUGGGGAGGACACAAAACUGGUACCAUGUCUGCCAGGUGCUGGGAUCAUUGUGCAGUCUGGAAGACUCCAAACCCAUGAGCUUCCUGUUGGUGUGAUUACUCUGUCUCGCUUCAGCUGGCUGACUUUUAAAUGAAAAUAGCACUGUUGACUGGCACUUGCUGCAGCUGGCAGGUGGAAAAGCUGGUUUUCUGUUCCAAGACUUUCCACCUCCUUUAUGUUUUAUGUCUGGAUGCACAUCCAGAAGAAAAGGUAAAGUCACCAUCUUUGGAAUGCCCUGUGCUCGCUGGAGCAUAGUGAUACCUUCAGCCAUACCACAGUCUCCUUAAUUGUCCUUCUUUCACACUAAUGAAUAAUUAACUGCUGUGUGCAUGUCCACAGGCAGGCUGGUCAUGGGCAUCUCUGUGGGGUCAUGCUGACCUGCAGAUAUUCAUAGGGAGAGGGAGCUGCUUACCUCAGCAUGCAAUCUCUUGGCCUUGCUACCAGCCUGUUAUCACUUUGGCUACCAGCUGACCGAAGCUAAUGUCUCUGUGACCUGCAUUUGCAAUAGGCAAACACUGACCAGUCCCCAGCAUCCUCAGAGCACGAGCACACAAACAAAUUGAGGUGAGCUGGGUGUGAAUUUGCAGCAAGUCAGCUCCUACACUGCGACUCCCGCAAGGUAGGCAAGUGGAAGGUGGCUCACAGGAGAGUGCCAGGCUAUUUUUGUUUCCAAGGGCAACAGCUCUCCCACAGGAACUUACCACAAAAAGCCACCCCAUUUUUGAAUGCCUGUUAUAUGUGAAAGCAUAAACCUCAACUUUCCAAAAUUCAGCUGUUUGCGUCAAGGCCCCCAAGCAAGUAUUUGGUAGGCUCAGCUUUCCUGCUUGUUGCAAGUUGAGUCACGUUGCACUGGCUCCUGUGUGCUACAAGAAACUCCCACCCUCUUUUUGCUGUGGAACUAGAGCACAGUUUGGGGCUUUUGCUAUGGAACUCGAGCACUUUGAGGCAUGCCUGUAAUUCACAUGGCAGUAAGGUUCAUGGAUUGGAGAUGGUCUCAUUCCAUGUUAUCCUGCAAGUAACCACUCUGCCUCCGAUGCUUUGGAGCCUACAAAUGCUUUUGACUCUGAAACUGCCAUCUCUUGCUGGAGGUUUUUUACCUUAAAAGUUUUUUAGCAGAAAUCUGGGGAGGUUGGCACUGAACUAUUCUAUUCUAACUAUUGUUUUUCCUCUCCCCAUUGUGUCUUGCCACCUGGGUGUCGCUGCUAUUGCCGUCAAAGCACCGAACAAGCCAGUGUGCAGCGGCAGCAGCUCAGAGGGCUGUGCUCAUGACUUCAUCCCUCCCUGCCGAGGGGAGAUGAGGAGCAUCGUUAUCGGCUGUCGGCCUGCGUGGCGGGGAGUCCGCGCUCUGUGCCAGCAAUGGAAAUGUCCUUGGGCGUAGGGCUCCUCCUGCAUCCCAAAGGUGACUGGGCCCUGCUGAGAAGGGGUGAAGAAGCUGGAAAAAUGGAGGAAAGAGGUGCAAAUUCAAUCGCUUCUCUGUGGUGAUGUCAUGGCAACGAGGUGCGCUGAUGUGCUGUCAGGCAAUCAGGGCAGGCUUUGAAGCUCCCCAGCUCUUCCCCGUUGCUGUAGGCUCGCGUCUGGCUUUCUGAAAAAUCUUUUGGUUAAUAUUUAAUGCCAGCGUUGAAGUGCAAAGUGUGGCGAGCACCCCACCUAUUCCCCUUUCCUCUACAUUCCAAUUUGAUGCUAAAUUAGAGUUGGGGAGGAGGGAGGAUUAUGAUUUACCAUAGCAUGGGAACAGGUCUCCUGAUGAGAAGGAUGGCUUCAACCCAUAGUGAGGAAAAAAAGCUGCAGGCUCUGUGCUGGUGUCCCUGUGUGUGCAGCAGCCCUGAUAGCUCAGCAGGAGGGAGCUAACUACAUCACAGACCUGUCCCAGUCUGGCUCUGGGAUGUGGGAAGGAUGCCUUUGUCACCCUCCCUAGCCAAGUUUGGAGCUGAUGCUGGGCCACUGGAAGGAGCAGGGGGUCUCCCUCUCCCUUUGCUCUCCCAGAGCUGGCUUUGGAAUAAAGGAAUCCAUGGCCCCUCUCCCAGAGCUGAGCCCCACUCCUUUGAUGCAAGUAGUUAGCACAUGUUUUUAUUGGCUUUUUUUUUUUUUUCUUUCCACUAAGCAAUGACCUAACGAUCCUGUGUUCCAACCACAGCCCCUCCUAAGCUCCUUCUUUCCAAAACGUGCAUCCAGACCGGAUCCAGCAAAUCUCCCAGUGCAAGACGCCGUGUUCCCUUCCUCAAGGAAGCCAUCUGCUCCCCUCUGCCCGGCUCCUUCUGCAUGGCUUGCAGCUCGCCAGCCCUGUGGGAAGCUCUGCUCCUGUCGGCCAUGCUGUUUGUGCGUGGCAGGGGGAAGGAAACACGGUGCUGGCUGGAUCUGGGGCUGCUGGCAAUGUCAGCUGGAGGCGGUUUCCAAGCAACUGUUGUGCUGCAGGACACGGAGAGCCAGGAACACCAUAUUCCUGCUGUCCGUGUGGGCUGGACGGAGCCAGCACGGGGCUGGUGUGGAGAGCAGCACGAGUGAGAGAGUAGUAUAGGGCCGUGGCACUGGAGGAGGUCUCCAGACCUGCUCCUUAUCUAACUGCCUCCAGCAAGGGGACAGCAUGAUGUAUGGGAUUUCACGUGUCCUCUGCAUUUUUGGGGAGAUUAAAAAGGGUAAAAUUGCUCCAGCUGCUGUUUUAUCCUAUUUAUUUUACCCACUGAUGGGCAGUUGCAUACGAGCAUCCUUGAAUAGAUGGAGAGGUGGUAACAUUGCCCUGGCUGAGCAGUGGGAGCAAAACUGGAUGGCGAGUGCGUGGAUAUAAGCACAGUGGGAGCCCAGCAGAUAGGAUGGAGCAGGGGAGGGGGGGCAGAAGUAUGCAAACAAGGAGUGAAAGCAAGGGGAGCUGGGCAGGAAGAAGCCCAGAGAGAUGGGACAGUGCAGGGCAUCUGUUUGAUUGCCAGUGUGCAGGUUAUCUGUGACCGUCUCUGUCCCCGACCCACCUGCAGCUAUUGAUUUGGAACUUGCCCUGUUCAUGCUAACCUUGGCACUGCUAGCUCGUCCCUUAUAAAUCCUGCUGCAGCUCCUACCCCUCUCUCUGUCCUGCCACCAGGGUCUUCCCACAGCUCUGCUUUUUGCUGCGAUGUUUUAGAUGCAGGACGACUCUCCCUGAUUUCUGCCUGGAGGAGAGACAGGGCAGUGGAAGCACUGACUCUCUUUUACUGACUUACUCUUUACCCCGUGUGGGUGCCUGCCCCUUGGCAAGGAAGGAUGCGGCGCCAGCUGCAGACACUUGUCCAAAGGAAGUUUAAAGUCCUCCUCCUCCUGCUGCUGCUCCUGGCCUUUCUGCUGCAUGUCACGAUGGACUUGGCUCUCCCUGAGAGUCGCAGGCUCUGCAGCUGCGAUGCAAAAGCACCAAAAGCCUUGGGUACCCCCACAGGCAGCCCUUUGCUGGCCAGCCUUGAAAAGCUGAGCCUACGCAUCCUUCAGGACUUCAGUGGCAGCAACGGUUCCUUGGAGAAAAGCUCCCAGCCUCAGGGAGCAGGGCCACUGGGAAAAGAUGGGGACGUGGGGAUCCAGCACCAGCAUGGAGAUGUCAGCCCAGCAUGGGCCAAGGGAUCCAAGUUGGCUGCACUUUUUGAGCAUCCCCUUUAUAACAUCCCGUUGCCGGAGGUGAAGGACAAAGACAAGCUGUUUGUCGUCAAUCCCAUGGAAAAGUUCAGCCUACGGAGCAGUGGGAGCGAUGAAUGGGUCAGCAGCAGUAAAGCCGAGAUGGUCCUCCCGACAGGGAAGACAGCCUACGACACCUACCCUGCCUGGCUCAAGUUCCACGUCGGCAUCAACCGCUACGAGCUGUACCCGCGCAGGGACCCCCUGAUGCCCACCCUCCUGCAGGACCUGGCCACCAUGAAGAUUGUCAGCUCGGUGCAGAAGUCUGGCGGUACCCAGCUGAAGCUCAUCAUGACCUUCCCGAACUACGGGCAGGCCCUCUUCAAACCCAUGAAGCAGAGCAGGGAACAAGAGACCCCCGCUGACUUCUUCUACUUCUCAGACUUUGAGCGGCACAAUGCAGAGAUUGCAGCCUUUCACCUGGACAGGAUCCUGGAUUUCCGACGAAUCCCACCAGUUUCUGGUCGCUUGGUGAAUAUAACAAAGGAGAUCCGGGACAUCACAACUGACAAGAAACUGGCCAAGACUUUCUACAUCUCCCCAGUCAUCAGCCUGUGCUUGUCCCCCAUGCCAGCGGGCAACAUCUGCUUCUACGGGGAGUGCUCCUACUACUGCUCCACCGAGCACGCUCUGUGCGGCAAGCCGGACCAGCUGGAGGGCUCCAUGGCAGUCCUGCUGCCCGACAAAGCUCUGGCCAAGCGUCGCUCCUGGCGCAGCCCCUGGCGCCGCUCCUACCACAAGAGCAAGAAGGCUGAGUGGGAGCUGGACCCCAACUACUGCACCCAGGUGCGCCGGACACCGCCUUAUGACAGUGGUCAUCGCCUCCUUGACCUCAUCGACAUGGCAGUACUUGAUUUCCUCAUGGGCAACAUGGACCGGCACCACUAUGAGACCUUUGAGAAAUUUGGGAACGACACCUUCUUGCUUCACCUGGACAACGGCCGCGGCUUCGGCACGCACUCUCGUGACGAGAUGUCCAUCCUGGCCCCGCUCCAGCAGUGCUGCAGCAUCAAGAAAUCCACCUACCUGCGGCUGCGGCUGCUGGCCACCGAGCCCUACCGCCUGAGUGAGCUGAUGCGGGAAGCACUGGCUGCCGACCGCCUGGCGCCCGUCCUGGCCGAGCCCCACCUGCAGGCAUUGGACCGGCGCCUGGGCAAGGUGCUGGUAGCUGUGGGACGCUGCCUGGCCACGGCAGCACAGCCCCACCAGGUGCUGGUGGAUGACACAGGGUCGUGGCUGUGACGUCACGGAGACGGUGACGUGGUGUGAUGUCAAUCAUCAGCCUGGGAAGAGCUUGGAGUGCGUGGUAUUGGAUGAUGCAAGGGGAGAAGGGCGGGUGCGCGCGUUAUUUAAAUAAAUAGGUCGGCCUCGUGGAGAAAA